AUGAAUGAAUCGACUAACGAACAGACGAUAACAACGUCGGAAGAAAGUCCAAUAUCAAAGUUACGUCAUUUCAUGUUUCCUACUGUCUAUCCACAUUGCUACCGAAUCAAGGUAAUCAUUAACGGAGAGCAAUUAUAUCCCAUAGACACCGAAAAUUCAACAUUACCACUCUAUCAACUGCUUGACAACAUCAUUCUUGAUAAAUAUUCUGAUUUCAAUGGAGGUGCUCAAGCAGCUUGUGCGCCGAAUGUUCGUGAUAGUGAACAUUAUGAUAUUGAACCUUGGAGUGAUGUGUCAACUAACUUUAUACCUCCGACAGUUUAUUCACUUAGACUAAGUGACAAUGAAGACGACACGAAGGAAGAAGGAAAGGCGCCACCUGCGGCUAAAGAAAUACUGGUGUCACGACUUGUGCACCUAUUAGGUAAUCAACGCUACAACUAUCGUUUGGGUUGCAUCAACAAUCGUAGUUUUAACUUUCGCCGGUCGGAUGGAUCGGUACAUAUUGGUGUUUUUCCACAAUGUGAAGAAGAUAAAAUUAUUAUGAAUAUGCUGGAAGACGAUUAUAUCAAUUCAGUCAAUGAAUUUAUUGACCUCGUUUUAGAAGUUCUUGCUGGCAAUAAUGAAAACGAACAUUUUUCUCUUCAUAUGGCAGCACAUUUGUGCGACUGUUCAAUACAAGCAGAACGUGAUGAAUUUCUCGCCAUUGUAACGCCAAAAAAUCAAUGUAUCAUUAUGAUUGGACUCUUCUAUAAUCGAUUCUAUUAUUGA